AUUUAAUUUUCUUUGUGUUCAUUACGCUCUUUAAUAGGAGACAGAAACAGUGUUCCCAUGAUAAACGAAAUUGACGCCGGCAAAUAACACAAAAUCAUGUUUCGUAAUCAGUAUGACAAUGAUGUUACAGUGUGGAGUCCACAGGGUCGCAUACACCAGAUAGAAUAUGCAAUGGAAGCAGUGAAACAGGGAUCUGCUACUAUAGGCCUUAAGUCUAAAACACAUGCUAUUCUCGUAGCACUAAAGAGGGCACCAUCAGAACUUUCAGCUUAUCAGAAGAAAAUUUUACCUAUAGAUGACCAUGUGGGAGCUGCUAUUGCUGGUCUUACAGCUGAUGCCAGAUUAUUAAGUAAUUUUAUGAGAUCUGAAUGUAUGAACUCACGAUAUGCCUACGACCAGGCCCUGCCUAUAUCAAGACUUGUCUCAGCUAUUGGAAACAAAUCACAAAUUCUCACACAGCGGUAUGGUCGACGGCCAUUUGGUGUAGGUCUUCUCAUAGCUGGAUAUGAUUCUCAGGGACCACAUAUAUACCAGACAUGUCCGUCCGCCAAUUACUAUGAUUGUAAAGCUAUGGCUAUUGGUGCGAGGUCACAGUCGGCUAGAACAUACGUGGAAAAACAUCUAGAUAAAUUCCUGGAUUGUUCAUUAGAAGAGUUGGUAGCACAUGGUCUUCGUGCACUCAGGGAUACUCUUCCAUCAGAAAUCAACCUUACUAACAAGAACUGUUCCCUGGGAGUUGUUGGAAAAGAUAUGGACUUUACAAUAUACGAUGAUGAGAAAGUAGAGCAAUAUUUAGCAUUGAUAGAAGGGGAAGAGAGAUCAUCAAGAGCUCCGCCCCCAGCUGACGGGGGACCAGAAGGUGAACAGGAGCCCAUGCAACAAGAAGGUGAAGGCGGGCCAGAGCAGCCAAGACCCGAUGGCCCAGAGGUACAACAGCCCGAGGCAAUGGACCAGUGACCUUGAACUUUACAUCACAAAAUUGUUCAAUUCUUAUUUCAUUCUUAAAAUCUUGUGACAUGAUGGCUGUGACAUGAUGUCAUGUGAUAAAAUGAUUUUUCUCUAGAAAUCUGAAAACCGGCUGUCAUUCGACUGAAUAAGUGCUUAAAUUAAUAACAUGUGCUAUUUAUUGUUUUUUUGCUGUAAAUUGUCACUGUCAUAGAAAUCAAUAAAGAAAACAUACUGAUUUUUUUUUUAUUACAAAAUAAAUAUAUUAAGAUUGAUAACAAUUUUUAAAGGUUAAACAUGAGACUACUUAAAUAUGAUUGCUUAUGACUGUAACUAUGUUAAACUUGCAUUGCAUUUGCUUGUGAUUUAGAUCCAUUUGGAGGAUUCAUAAGCUUUGUUCUAAGAACCAUUUCAUUCUUCCUCUCAGUGCAUCUUUAUAGAACUGGCCAUGUUUCAUAUUGAUUUACACACUCGAUGAAAAAAUGAAAUGACAAUUAUAAUGGGAAAUAAUAAAAAAAUAAACACUUAAAGGAACAAACUAUUUAAAACUGUAUCGUAUUUUUGUCAUUACUCUAUGGUCUUGUAAAAAGGUACUGUAAAUUGGUAUAGAAAUACAGAACAAGAGAUGUAUGAUGUGUAUUGAAGCUUACAGAUACACUCAAAAUUAGUGUUACACUUAUUUUUGUCACAUGUGAUAUCUUCAUCAUUGUAACAUGAAAAUAAAGUUAAAGAUAAAA